GUUAUAGGCUGGAGUGUUGACAUGAUUUGUGAGGUGACAGGCAGCAGUGCGAUGCGGCGCGCGAGGUGAGCGCGUGAGCGGUGCGCCCGUUGUCCUGGCCAGCAGCUUCUGAAACACACUACUUCUAAAACACACUACUUCUGAAACACACUACUUAAGGUCCACGGGGCUGCAGGACAAACUGACCAUAAAUGUGUAAAUAAAGCAGCCCUACCCCGAGCGCGAGGCGUUCCCCUCAGACUCUUUCGAUCAAUCACACAGACACUGGCUUCUUUUGAUUAAACCCCAAAUUGUCAUUGGACAGAGCUAAUCAUGUGACAAGCAAUACGGUCCAAUUUCAACCUUGUCUCCAUGAAAGCAAUAGUUUCAUGGCAUCGCGGUCCCCAUACGGCCGGAAUCAGUAAAAUAGUUUUAAAAAAAAACCGGCCACGAUAUUUCAUUAUUUUUUUUCCUGGGCCACAGAUUUACUGAAGGCUGAAUUUUCUAGGACGUGGUUGGAGAUGAAUUGCGAAUUCGAGCGAGAGACGGGUUUUAUCAAUAGUCAGCCGUCGCUCGCCGAGUGCUUGACGUCUUUUCCCCCUGUCGGUGAUGCAUUUCAAAGUUCAUCAAUCAAGAACUCGACGCUUUCACACCCGACACUGAUUCCACCUCCAUUCGAGCAGACCAUCCCCAGCCUGAACCCGGGCAGCCACCCCCGACACAGCCGGCCCAAGCAGAGCCUCAUCGGUACCGGUACCUGUCCUCUGCCCAACGCCUCUCUCCCCCCCGAGUACCCGUGGAUGAAGGAGAAGAAAGCCUCCAAGAAGAAUCAGGCAACGUCGGCUGCGACAACACACGACACGGGAGCCCUUUACUUUUCUCCUCAAGGAUCGCCCGAGCUCUCGGACGGCGGUGGCGGGACGACCCGACGGUUGAGGACCGCGUACACUAACACCCAGCUCCUGGAGCUCGAGAAGGAGUUCCACUUCAACAAGUACCUAUGCAGACCCCGGCGCGUGGAGAUAGCCGCCCUUUUGGACCUGACGGAGCGGCAGGUGAAGGUCUGGUUUCAGAACCGCAGGAUGAAACACAAGAGACAGACGCACUGCAAGGAGAACCAUCACGGCGAGGGGGGCACGUUUAAGAGUCAGGAUCACGACAGUGACCAGGGCGACGGAAAGUCGUUCUACGAGCAGGCGGGGAACAAUGUGACCGGGGCUCUAUUGGAAAGAGAGACAUACCAGUUCCAGCAAAAUACCAUAACGUCACAACAGUCCCAACACGGGCACAAUGGGGAGAGCCCCAGCUCUACUGUUUCGGCCCUCGGCAGCAAUGAGAAAAAUCCGAAACAUUUCCCCUGCCCAUCACCCCCCGUCCCGGCCUGCGCCUCAACAAUGGCGGUGGAUUGCGCAUCUGGUCGGGACAAUGGCGCUUCCCCGGCCCUGGACAUUUCUCUGCAGGACUUUCACGUUUUCUCCUCCGAGGCCUGCCUCCACCUUUCGGAUUCCGUAUCCCCGAGCCUGUCAGACUCGGUUGAUAGCCCCGUAGGCAUCUCGUCCGAGGGGUUUGAUUUUUUCUCGGAGACGCUAACCACCAUCGACCUGCAUCACUUGAGCUACUGACCGGACACCGUAGCGAAGUUAAGUUCAGAACUAUCUCCCUAACAAUCUGCGUCUCACACUCUCCGCGCUAUUGCCUCUUUUAUUCUCAUGAUUUAAUUAAUUAGUCCAUUAACCUUAAAGAGGUAAGUUUGCUAAUAACCGAAUUAAGAAUCUAUGUGUUUACAAGUUGCGUCAAUGCAGGAAAUAAAUAAAUAUUUUCUCAUUUUAUUUUUGUAUCCCCUUUCAGGUAACUUCAUAUUUUCUUAGAAUAAAUUUGUACUUGUA